AUGCGAUUAUCAGCGGCUACGUGGUCAAGAGACGACUCGGAGCUGAACUUGGCGCCAGGUCAGGUAGCCUUGAGUUCUGCUAACUGCCGCGCUCAGAGAUUAGGCGGAUGUAACAAUCACCUGAAAGGGGAGAUUAAAGCGCCUCUCAAUGGGGCCCUUUGUUCUCGGCCUCAUUUAAUGCUUUGCGGCCUUUUCAAACCACGUCGCGGAAGGCGCUUUAAAUGUUUGCCCCCGCAGCCAGGGCGGCUUCAGCCGUCGGAGGACAGCAGCCGCACGUGCGGCCGCUGCCUACGUCACCGUCCGCGCGACCCGGCGCCCGCUGAGGGAAGGGUGCGUCGCUUGUGUCUCGCGUGUGUCGUCUCCCCCGCCUCCCCGCGACGUCCCCAUCCUGUCCCCGCAGCCGCGCUCCGGGACCGGGAGGCCGCGGACCCCAGCAGCAGCCCCGGGCACGAAGCGGAGGCGGGCGGCGGGGCCGCGCCCGGUCGGCCCCGCACCAAGUUCUCGGCCGCGCAGCUGCAGGAGCUGGAGCGGAGCUUCCGCGAGCAGCGCUACAUCGGCGCCAGCGAGAAGCGGCGCCUGGCCGCCGCGCUGAACCUCUCCCAGAGCCAGAUAAAAACCUGGUUUCAGAAUCGUCGUAUGAAGUUUAAACGUCAGACUCAGGAUGCCAGGGUGGAAGCUCUUUUCUCAGGCUUAUUUUUGCCCUAUCGUUGUUACCCAGAUAUUGGCACAUCCAGCUAUUCUCAGGGGAUAGAUGUCAAUGUAUCUUCUACCUCUACUGUUUCCCUUCACCCAGCUAUGCCAAGCCCUGCCUUGUUGUUACCUUCUGUUCCAGCUCCGUCCCUUCAGCCAGUUUUGCCAAGUCCGGCUUUACUAUUGCCUCCCAGCCCAGGAUUAUCUUGUUACUCUUCUGUAAUUCCAGCAAUGACUCUAACCGAUGACCAUAAAAGACUGAGGUUCCAGCCGUAUCUUCCUUCCUGUUAAAAAUGCCAAAGAUUACCUGUAAUCUAAAUAAGAACUGCCAAAUAUCUCCAAGAGUAAUUAUUUAAUUUAUUGUGUUAUAUUAAAUAGAUUGAUGAUUCAGGUUUUUUUUUUAAUCGAAUUUGGCGGUUUAUGUUAAAGGAGAAGAGAAUUUGCCUCUACUAGAGAAGUAAUACUGACAGUGGAAGUGGAAGACUUGAAGCUUCCCUUUAUUCCUACAGUCUUCGCUAUGCUGUACUGAAACUUCUAUAUGAAUUUUCCUAUCCAAAAGUUUGUUGUCAGAAAACAACCUAUAAUCAUGUGGGGAUCUCCGCUGAAAAAGUGGAG